AUGGACACAUUUAAUAGUGCAUUUGGACUCGUUGAGGACACACUGACAGGCAUCCUAGAUGGACUAUCUGGGGACAGAACAGGAGUCAGGCUGGAGGACUAUGCAAUCAGAUUCCAGGAGCAGCUUAUGGUCAUUUACAAUGACAUUUUGAAGCUGUCCGAAGAGCUUCGAGAGACCUGGCGAUCCCCGGCCGUCCAAACCCGCCUAAAAGAACUAUUUCUGAGCGAUGCCCAAGAGGACAUUGCAAGUGGCCUGAGCGAGUGGAGGAAAAGCUGGGAACUACACAGCGUUGCUGCCUCUAAAAUUAAAGCUGUCGCCUCUCUGGACGAAUUUGCAGACACAGAGUAA